AUGCUUGCUUCAGCAUCUACUCUCGGAUCUCAACAAAUGGCACUCUUCAGCAACUGCGCCAAGUCCUAUCUUCGCCCAGGCGAAAAGAUGUUCUGUUUCCAGUGUCAAGAAACAAACCACAAUACAGGCUGCACAAGAAAGGGUGUUUGCGGUAAAAUGCCAUCUACAGCUAACAUCGAAGAUGAAAUGGUUCAAGUUUGCAAGGAAAUUGCACUUGCUCUUAAGGAUGGUGUUGUUUCCAACGAAGUUGGUCUUUUAAUCAACAAGACACUCUUCAUGACAAUCACAAACGCUAACUUCGAUGAUAAUGCUCUUACAAAGCAAUUAAACUUCGCCCGCGAAAUUAAGAAUAAGCUCGCUAAGGAACAGAUCACAGCUCCACUCGGUGUUCACUCACAUCCAAACCCAGAUGUUGUUUCUCUUCGUGAAAUGAUCCUUUACGGCCUCAAGGGUAUGGCUGCUUAUGCUGACCAUGCUGCUAUGAUCGGCAAGGAAGACAACGAAAUCUACAACUUCGAAGUCAAGGCUUUGGCCCAGAUCUCAAAGGAAGAAGACAUCAACAAGCUUACAGAACUCUGCUUAGAAACAGGCAGAUACUGUGUCAAGACAAUGGCUCUUCUCGAUGCUGCUAACACAGGCAGAUACGGCAAGCCAGAGCUCACAAAGGUCAACAUUGGUGUUGGAAACAGACCAGGUAUCCUUGUCUCCGGCCACGAUUUAAGAGAUCUUGAAGAUCUUCUUGAAGAAACAAAGGACUCUGGAAUUGAUAUCUACACACACGGCGAAAUGCUUCCAGCUCAUGGAUAUCCAUUCUUCAAGAAGUACCCACAUCUCAAGGGCAACUACGGUGGUGCUUGGUUCCGCCAGGAUCGUGAAUUCGGCCCAUUCAAUGGCCCAGUCCUCAUGACAACAAACUGCAUCAUUCCGGUUCGCAAGGAGUAUAAGGACCGCAUCUUCACAACAGGUCCAGUUGGCUGGCCAAAUCUCAAGCACGUCCCAGACCGCAAGACACUCGAAGGCAGAAAGGACUUCUCCGAAAUCAUCGCUCUCGCUAAGAAGUGCCCACCACCAAAGCAGCUCGAAUCAGGCGAAGUCACAGUUGGUCUUGCUCACGACCAGGUUCUUGCUUUAACAGACAAGAUCGUCGAUGCAAUCAAGGCUGGAAAGAUCAAGAAGUUCGUUUCCAUGGCUGGCUGCGAUGGCCGUCACAAGGAGAGAGACUACUACUCCAAGGUUGCUGCUGCCCUUCCAAAGGAUACAGUUAUCCUUACGGCUGGCUGCGCUAAGUACCGUUACAACAAGCUCGGCCUUGGCGAUAUCGAUGGUAUCCCACGUGUUAUCGAUGCUGGUCAGUGCAAUGACUCAUACUCCCUUGCUGUUAUCGCUCUCAAGUUGAAGGAAGCCUUCGGCCUUGAUGAUGUUAACAAGCUCCCACUUGCUUUCGAUAUCGCUUGGUAUGAGCAGAAGGCUGUUGCUGUUCUCUUAGCUCUUCUUUCCCUCGGAUUCAAGAAUAUUCGUGUUGGACCAACAAUUCCGGGCUUCUUGUCUCCAAACGUUGCUAACGUUCUCAUCAAGAACUUCGGCAUCAAGGGAAUCGGUUCUGUUGAAGAUGACCUUAAGGACAUCCUUGGUACAAAUUAA